CACGCCUCUCAAAAAUUAAAUAACGGUUGUUUUGCAAUUGAACGUUAAUUGUGUCAGGACACACGUCGACGUUCAUGUUGCAAAUACCCGUUGUCACCGCGUCGUUUCUUCCAUGUUCAGCCUGUGGAUAAUAAUAUCGCAACUUCACAACUUGGUUAGCAGGUAGCGUUAGCUUAGCAAUCUGGCUAACAGAACAUCGACAUCCGGUUGUUUGAUGCUGCUGAAAAGUGCUUCCGGGUCAAAAUGUUCAACUUUUCGACUUUAUUCACGAAAUGCUAAAAAAAAGAAAAAUAUUUCUUCUUCUUCUUGUGAGUGGCCCUGAUAGUCUUCCGUAGCAAUCGUGGCUCAAAGGCGGAGAUUCUUUUUCAAGCCGCCCCGUAGCAGCAGAUCUGACGUCGCUGGAAUCGAGGGGGCCCAAAUUUAAAAAACUUUUUUAUCUGAAAACACAUGAGGGCGUCCGCACUGUCGGACGUUAUCGAUUUUAAAAAGGAGGCACUUCGCCGGUGAUAACGCACCUGCCGCCUCCGCCAGGCAGGAAACUUCAGACCUUCAAGAGAUGCAGAGAUAAAGACGUGACAGAGAGAAGGAGAUUAGAUGUUCACAAUUUCUUAGAAUUGAUGCGUGUGACAGGAAGCAAGACUGUUGGCCACUAGCAGGUAUCAUAUUUCCACACACGCUGAUUAAAAUCUAAUUGAAGAUACGUGUCUGUAUGAUACCGUCAUCGCUACUGGUGCUUUUAAAAGGCUUCUUAAGAAUAAGCGACACGUCCGUGUGUGUCGGCGUCUUUACUACUGAGACCUGAGCACAGACACGUGAAAUACAAAGUCAUAGUCUAGUUGUAAGAUACCUGCUCAGUACAGUUUUAUCAAGCAUCGCCAAAGGAAUGUUUUUCUCUUUCCUAUAAGUUCUCUUGCAUCAUAUUCUGGUCCGUCCGUCGUUUGAUCAAGUUAAGACUGUGAUAUUGUGGAACAGUUACAAAAAGGCAGUUUCCAUCCCUGCAGAGGUUUUUCUGGUUCCACCCAACUGGAGAGCAGAGAUACACAUGACGCAACGCAGCUGAUGAUUCAUUCUGAUUUUAUUGUUAAUUUGGGAGCGUCAUAAUAACUUCCAAGUUUUUUGCUUCGAUCGUAAAAGCCUGAUUGGUCCGAGCCCGCUCCUUUCUGUCGCGCUGCUCAAGAUUACUUUUACUUGAUUAUUACUUGAUAUGAUUUUAUUAUUCCAUCGUGCUGCUGUUUAUCAUAUUUAUUGAACUUAUUAACUUACUAGUUGUCUUUGCUGAUGUGUGUGUUCUUGAUGGGGUGAGCUGCGAAUGAAUCGCCCUUCUCGGGCAAACAAUAAAGUUGUCUGAAUUUUUGAAUUUUGAAUCCGAAUCUGCUCAGAUUUCCACAGAUAACCAAGCAGGACUGGUGUGAAAGCCGAGUGAGAAGUACAUCAACGACGUGCAAUCAUUUCAUAUGUUGUUAUUUUCGUGUCAUGCACACAAAGAAUGUUUUUUUGAAAGUCAGUCUCAAACUAAAUAUAUAUUUUUUCACCACAGAGCUUUGCAAAUGAAAUCGGCGCCCUGAAGCACAACUCAACUUUUUCAUAAUCAUCGAGCCAGAAGAAAAAAUGAAAGUAGACAUAUUUUGCUGUAUACAGGUUUCUUUUUGUGUGUGUGUGAAAGGUUUGCAAAGUAAAAUUAAAAAAAGCCCAAAGUCGGCAGUACAGGGAGCUCCUCUCUCCGACGGGAAGCACUGCUCCUCAAACGCCUCGUCAGUGGUCCGGCCUCCGUGACAUCGUGACGUCACGACACUGCAGCUAUUUCUAAUGAGACAGUAUGUCCGUGUUGCUGUCCUUCCAUGUCUUGUUGUAAAUAUGAGGAGAAAUAUGUCUGAGAGAUUAAUCUUCUGGGAAACCUGUGGUGCUGCAGCACUCGGAUCAUGUCAUGUUGGAAGUUCUUCACAUCAUUUGUACUACGUCCACAAAAUGACCAUUUAAAUGUGUUUCUUUUCAUAUUUUUCAUAAAGAACGCACCAGUUCUCUUGCAGAUUUCUGCUCUUUAGAACAAGGAAGUGCCCUGCGACAGGGGUUUACCUAUCUACAUAAUGCAUCUGCUGUUGUUCUUCCCUUCGCCGCAGUGCAGACGCAACUGCGAACUGCAGAGAAUCACUUUCAAAAGAUGUUUUGCUUUUAUUCCAGGACGAGAGGUGCAUUGUUGGAAAUUGUCAUUUCUACACGUCUGCGGCCGCAAACGCGAUGUCCCAACGGCAGCGGUCGGACUGAGAGACGCACGCUCCGCAAACCACAUCUGGAAUGCGGCCGCCGUGUUUAGACAUGUGCUGGUGUUGCAGCGGUACAGGCGCUCUUUUGUGCAACGUUGAACAUCCGGUCUGGGACCUGAGGUCUGAUGACACUCACCGAUCUGGUCUGUGUCCGACUCGCACAACACAGAAGUGUCGGGGUCCGAGCUGUGAAAGCGAUCCAGGGGUCGUCACGUCCCUGCAACGGCUCGUGGAGGAACUGUAGUUCUAUUGUCAUGUGUCUCACAUAUUCAUGAAGCUUUAAGAGUUGUUCUUUCUAAGAAGACGACCGCUAUCAAAAAGGUUUUUUGUUGUGGCCCCGUACAGGUCCCUGAGGUCCGCCUCCGCGUUACAAUCUUUUCAAAUUUGGUCUGGAAACAUUUCUGUUCGACCGGGCUGUUUAGGAAAUCAAAUCAUUUCUACUGUUCUAUUAAUCUUCUAUAAUCUACGAUUUUGCACUGUCCUUUUAUUUGAUUUUAUACAUUAGAUUUUUUCUUCUACUUUAAUCUUGUCCAUCUUGUGAAAAGUUCCGUGCAAACAAAGUUGCGUUUUUCCUUUUUUUUUCCGGCCACAGUAUUUUCGGGGGCUCGAGCAUGAAAAACAUCCUGUUUCACCGUUUUGUGUUUUUCGUGAGGGCAAACGAUUUGCUCGACAAAUUCCGCUUGCCGUCGAAAACUUGACCCAACAAGCGAGAACUGGAGAAAUGACACCGACUACUGGAAAAACGUGUUGGAUGGAAUUUCGUGUGGAGUGAUUUGAAACGGAGCUUUCUCACGACUCCAGUCAACUCUCAACAUGCAGCACAACCUGUCCGCUCCGGGGGAACUCCUGCAUCGCUCUCCACCAGCUCAACAGAUGCCAUUCCCCCGACAACGUGGGAAUCGUAUAUAUAAAAACACACUUCUGAUCUUUUGUGAUCCGUCUGGUUAUGUCUUCCGAGGGGGGGAGUGUUUCCGAGUCCCAGUGGCGGGAUCGUGUCCCGGCCGAACGUGUGCGGGCACGACGCUUGUCUGGUGGACAGACGCCCGAGGAAUUUCACAAGCGUUGCCCCCGUUCUCCCGGCACAACACCUUGAGUGGUUUGGACUGUGCGUGUGUGUACGUGUGUGCGUGUGUGUGUGUGUCAGACAGAAUGACAUCAGGGAAACAGAAGAAGAAGAAGAUGUCAUCUUCUCCGUAAAAUCAGAAAGGAAUCUACCGCAUCAGAGAUACCAGGAAGAUUGUCGGGCGAAGGCGUUCUCGGCUGGAAGCCGACAACACCUCCCACGACGCUGCGUUGUCAGACCCGAGUGCCUCUCUCUAAACCACACCUCCCGCCGACUAUAUAUUCUUCCCCUCUGAAGGGGCAGUGGCAGCCUCUCACGAGGAGAGGGACCAGACGCGCCGAGACACACGAGGUUUCCGCUUUCUUCACUCCUCUCUUCGUCUGCGCUGCGUUUCCUUCGGGCCGCGCUCGGACGGGAGCUUUCCAGUCUGACGGAUCGCAGUCAGAGGGCUGAAGAGGAGAAUCCUUGGCAGCUGCAACAACGGUCUGAAGGAUUUGACUUUUGUGACGCUUUAACUCUUUGGUUCUCCUUUGCCGCCGCCGCCGCGGCUCCACAUGGAGCAGGACGACUACUCCGACAUGCACCACUUCGCUCGCGCCGUCAUGUCCGUCGCGUCCGUCGCGUCCGGCGUGUCCACAGCCACAGGGUCGGACAGCCCAGCGGAGCACUGCCAAGUGCCCGAUCAGCUCACGUACAAAACCCUGUCCUGGCUGAUGAUCGGGGAGUUCGUGCUGGGUCUGCCCCUCAACCUGUCCGUCCUCUACAUCUUCAUCUUCAGGUUCAAGUUCUGGAGGAACAAAAGCAUCUUCCUCUUCAACAUCGUGGUCGCCGACUUCCUGCUGGUGGCCUGCCUGCCCUUCAAGGCCUACCACUACCUGCAUGGCGAGCGGCGCAGCAGCGAGAACGUCAUGUGCAAGUCGCUGCUCUUCAUGCUGUUCCUGAACCGCGGCGCCAGCAUCGCCUUCCUCGUCAUCCUGUCGCUCGACCGCUACUUCAACGUGGUGCACCUCGGCAGGAGGAACUGCGUCCGGGCGUUGAAGAAGUCGCCGCAGGUCUCCGUGGUGGUGUGGCUCCUGCUGCUGCCGCUCACCGCGCCCACCAUGCUCAGGACCUUCGAGUGCUGCAACAGCCUCGGGCGGCAGCUCGAGUCCAAGUACCACAACGUGACGGACUCCUUCAGAGAGGUCGUCUUCUUCUCCCAGAUCAUCAUCCCCUUCUUCGUGCUCGUCUUCUGCACGGUGCGCAUCGUCAACCGGCUGAGGAAGAAGACGGUCGGGGAGAAGGCCAAGCUGCGGCGGGCCGCGUGCCUGGUCAUAUCCGUCGUGGUCGUCUUCUCCGUCUGCUUCCUGCCGUGCGCCGUCGCCCGGGCGGUGCUGCUGAGCGUCCGGCUGAAGAACUGGCAGACGGCGGAGGACAUCGUGGUGCAGGUGUACGACGGGCUCAUGGUGCUGUCGUACACCGACUGCCUGCUCGACCCGCUCGUCUACUGCUUCUGCAACUCGGGCUUCAAGGACGCGUACGUGUCCACCUUCUGUCCCACGUUCCUCCAGAAGAGGCUGCAGGAGUACGACCUCGGGCUGGGGACGAUCACGACGACGAACUCCGGCACUAGAAACCUUUCUCUGCCCAUUUUAGAGAAAUGACCUGUUUUUGGGGGUUUUUUUUCCUCUUAACCUGUGAUCAGAACUUUAUCCGGGGGAGCGUCUGCAGUCUGUUCACCGUUCAUGCUUCGGCCUCUCGGAUGCAGCAAAACCACUGGUCCCGCCCACACACACACACACACACACACACACACACACACACACACACACACACACACACACACACACACACACACACACACACAACAAAAGGAUUUGACGAAACAGACAAUCUCGUGACAUGCCACUUGACGUCCCGGAGUCACGUGAAGGUCGAGGGAACCUAUUGGGACGGAAGUGAUGAAGCCCCAGUGGAGCAGGACGUGAGGGGU